AUGCCGAACAAAAGCAACGCGAGUCUCGCUUCGACGGGGGCGGCGCUGGUGGAACCGGCGGCGACGGCGGGGGCUGCUGCUGCCGCUGCCGACUUCGUCCCUUGGAAUCCGGACAGGGUCAAGUCGCGAAUCCUGAAGUUCACCAAAUCGGACUCGAGCAUCUAUCCGAGCUACUCCAAUCUAACGCUACCUUAUCGUGUCAUCUGUCGCCAGCGAUACCAGAGGUGCAUCAGAGAACAACAGCAGCAGAUCAUAAAGGAGAUCAGGAUGCACGAGGAGUUGCAGCCGCAGGCGCUCAGCGGUGUCCGGUUGCACAGGGAGUUUUGCGAUCCAAUACUGAAAAAAGUCAGCACCCGCGAUCGCAUUACCUUGACUAUACCGGAAGAACGGAGGCUCGAGUACAUACUGAAAACCGAUCCAAAAGAUUUGUAA